AUGACGCUAAGAGUAAUUGAUACCAUCCAGAACAGGAAGAUAUGCCUUGUGAUUGUGACAAAAGAGGACAAAGAUAGAGAGUUUUUAACGCAAAAACUGCAGAGAUACCUGGCUUGGUUGUCGAUAAAGUGUCGGGUAUUCGGCAACACGCGGGAAGGCGCUGCGGAGAACCAAAGUCAGGUGAGUGACGUAGUCAAAUGGCUUAAAGAGGGGAGACACGCAGUCGCAAUCAUCGACAACAGCAGCAUAACGCCGACAAACUGCGAGCAACUGGCAAACGUCUUCAAAUGCUACUCUGUGGAGCCUCUAUUUUUGGAAUACUCGGCUCGUGCAGGCGAGCCAAGUGUGGAUUCCACGUCGCAGAGUCAGAAAGGCUGCCAGUUAUCGAAUACACUAAGCUAUGUGAAACUCAGUAAGGAGCCUCACAAUAUGAUCAUAAAUAGGGUUGGGAGCUACCUGCAGACAAGGAUCGUUUUCUACAUCCUCAACAUCAAUAUGAACGGGAAGUCGAUAUGGCUCUCCAGGCAUGGUGAAUCAAUUUACAAUGUGGAGGAGAAAAUAGGCGGUGAUUCACCUCUAUCUAACAGAGGUCUCAGAUACGCAGAAAAGCUGUCAGAAUUGAUGGAAAGCGAAGUCGGCGAUGGAAACUUGACUGUGUGGACAUCUACGCUGAAGAGGACACACGAGACUGCAAAAUACUUGCCGUACGAGAAACUCGAAUGGAAGGCAUUGGAUGAGCUGGAUGCAGGCAUCUGCGACGGAAUGACUUACAAAGAGAUAGAGGAAAGGUUUCCAGACGACUUUAGAGCACGCGAUGAUGAUAAAUACCAGUACAGGUACCGUGGUGGUGAGUCAUACGCCGACGUUGUCAAUCGAAUUGAGCCUGUUAUAAUGGAGCUCGAAAGGCAGGAUAACAUAUUGAUAAUUACCCAUCAGGCGGUGCUCAGGUGCAUCUACGCCUAUUUCAUGAAUGUGCCCCAAGACGAGUCGCCCUGGAUGACUAUACCUCUACACACACUGAUCAAACUGACUCCGUCUGUUCGUGGCGUGAAGGUCACUAGACUGACCACAGAUGUCCCCGCAGUGAGCACCUACAAGGAGAAAGGCUCCAGUGAUAUCACAGAUAACCCCGAGGGGACUUCCCAGUACGCAAACUUACUUACAGAAGUGUCCGAACAGAAACAAAUAUGA